AUGAAGUUGCUGCGCGUAAUCGUUGUGGACAAGGACAUGAACGAGAUAAGGGUCCUAGAGGCAAACUUUCCUGAUGCGCGUAUCCUGAUUUGUCACUUUCAUGUGAUUAAAUACCUGAAGGAGAUGCGAUCAAAACCAGAGUUCGGCAAAAUAUCGUCUGACGACGCAAGUCAAAUUGAUGCCGCAGUGCACAAGAUGGUCUACGCAGUCUCUGAGGAGACGUAUAACGAGGCUCGUGUAUCUUUGAAGGGCAUAUGUGAGCGAUGUGGAAUGGAUCGCUUCUUCACGUACUUCGAGAAGAAUUGGCACUCGAGCACGGAGCUUUGGGUGUACUAUCUUCGGGCAACGCUGCCCCACUUCAACAACCAUACAAACAACAGGCUGGAGAGCUAUUUUGGAAAACUAAAGGAAGGAGUUGACGGCUCGAUGAGUAUGGCAAAAUGUAUUAAGGCGUUGGUUUCAUUUGACAGGAGGAAACAGACAGAUUACGAGUACCGGUUGACUCGAAUAGGACAGUUCCGCAAUUCAAACUACGAUGAGGAGUUGUCGACUGUACUUCGUUUCACAACGCACUAUGUAGCUCAGCAGAUUGAGCUUCAGUACACUGUAGGUUUGGAGAAGGCUUCUAUCUACAACUUCAAGAAGGACGCUAUAAAUUCAAGCGUGAUUACAGUAUGCGGCCGUAACAAGGAGCAUACUCUGCGCACCGAUGAUUGGAUAUGCGACUGUGAGCUUGCUGCAUCGAUGAGUUUGCCUUGCCGCCAUGCGAUAGCUUAUCGCCGUCGCACCAAAGUGAUCGGUCCGGUGAUUCCUUGGAAUCAAAUAGACGAAAGCGAAUUGGCUGAGAUUGAAGACCCUGCGGAGUUUGACGAUAUGCUGAGGUUCAUGAUGACGCAGUGGAGAAACGUCCGGCAGAAGAAAAUCGCUGUGGAGAUUCCGGAACAUGUGAAGGAUAAUGCCGCGGUAGUCGAAGAGAAACAAGACUCAAGUAAUGGUGAUGAGUUUGACAUAAGAAGCAGUGACGACAAUAGUUUUCACAGCGAAAGCCCCAAGCCUGAUGAUGUGAAACAAACGACGAAUUUGCCAGUGAGUGCCGUGACUAUACGACUUAAUCCGAAGGCUAGAAAGGUUGGGGCUCCGAAAAAAAUGAAGAAGAAGAUUGUGGCGGGUGAGCGGAGUGACAGAAAAUGGUACGAAGCGGCCGAGCAAGGCAGGAAAAAAGCUGGAGACGUGACACUACUAGCCGUCGUGGAUAGUUUAGAUCGUGGUCAACCCGGUCUUUGUGAGCAAGUUAUGGAGGAAGAGGUGGACACGGUCAUGCUGCCGUUAAACGUCGAGAAUUUUCACUGGUGCUGCGUUACUGUUAAAGUCAGCUCAAAGCGUAUCUACUACUACGACCCGUUGAAUCAAGCCACGUACAAGAGCACCGGUAAAGCUGUGGCGACGCAUCUCAAGACUAGCGGACUGCAUGAGUAUGACGUGAUCGCGCAAAUGAACUUCAUCCAAUUCGAUGGGCAUAGCUGUGGAUUUUACGUGUGCUGGCAGUUCAUACGUCAAGUACUAACAGGACGACACUUGGAAAUUAACGACACUUCGCUGAAAAGAAGACGUUUCGAACUUUUCUACUACUUGCUGUCUGGACAGCUUCUUUCGGUGGUGACCGAGAGCUCAGCAGAUACGACGACAAACGACAACACAGAAGAGAAACAGCCUGCCCCGAACGCUAGUGAAGAUGACAAUGUGGAUGAUGUCAUUCCACCUACACAACCUGCGCAGUGA